UUGCAUUUAAAACCUAUACUUACUACACAUCUAUUGUACCCUUAAAUUAUCAUUUAGCUACCCAGGCUUUUGAAAACUAAAAAAUUGAAAAGUUCUUCAGAAGAUUAAUGGAGCAUAAGGAAGCCUAAUAAAUCAUUUGUGUCGAUUUUUUUUGAUCACCGAUGUAUUUUGUAUUCUGGCUAGUAGCGUUUCUGUUAUCGAAGCCUUUGUUGAAUAUGAUGCAGUUUUGAAGACGAUUUGUUGCCAUUGGGAAGAAGACCUUGCAUAGCUACAUAACGUGCGUGCGAUAUUCCUGUCGGUCUUCGGAGUAAAGAAAAGUUCAAGAGUACUCAACUGAGCGCAUCUUCUUACAGAUCAAAGGAUGCAAAACCAGAUAAUGGAAGGUUAACAGAAAAAAGUGGUUGGAGCGAUACUGGUUGGUGUCCAGAAUUUACCACUGACAAAACCGUGGUUUCAGGUUGAUUUCAACGUCACGUAUACGAUUACAUCUCUCAAAAUAGAAGAACCUGAUGAACUGAUCUCUUCAAUUUCACUGAAGUAUAGCUAUGACAACGACAAAUGGCAUCCCUACCGUCCUUUUGUUGCAAAAUCGCCUGAAGAAGACCAGAGCUAUUCCAAAUAUUUGCUUCCACAUUCAAUUACAGCAAGAUUCAUCCGUGUGUAUCCUUGUACGUGUAACUAUGGUGAGAAAUCAUGUUGUACUGCUGGACCGUGUUUAAGGUUUGAGUUCUACGGGUGUAAACCAGUCACAGAUUGUGAAACGCCUGCAGGUAUGGAGGACAAAAGUAUACAAAACAGCCAAAUCACUGCCUCGUCAUACAAAGAGAAACGUUUUCCUUACGGCGCACGUUUACAUAAUAAAACCUACAACAGAUCGACCAAAUCCUGGGGUGCCUGGUGCGCAGACGAAAAUGAUCCAUCGCCCUACUUGCAGAUUGAUCUUGAUAGGAAAAGAAACAUUUCGAUGGUGGCUACGCAAGGUUUCACACGUGGAAUGUUUGUGAAGAAGUAUAAAUUGAAUUACAGCACGGACGCUAUCACUUGGCUUGCUGCUCACGCCAAACCCGAUUCUGUUGAAUUCGAUGGUAACAAGGACAAUGGUACUGUCAAAAAUCAGAAGUUACGCCAGGUGGUAACAGCCCGAUAUGUUCGGUUCCUUCCGAAGGACUGGAAUCUAUAUUCUGUGCCUUCAUAUCCAUGCAUGAGGGUUGAGAUUUAUGUAUGCCUGCCUGUUAAAGGAAGUGUUCCUAGAAUUGCCGGAAAACAAUCAGAACGUACUAGAAUUGUCGAUGCAGAUCCCGGUGCAAAAGUUGCCUUAAGAUGCAAAAUGUAUGGUCAGGCCGGCAUAAUUUUAAACUGGUUUACUAUGAAUCAAAAAAUCAAGGAAUCUGCCAAUAUAAAAAUUUCAAAAAGUGCCAAUGACGGCCAUCAUUCUGCGUCAUUCUUAAUAUUGAAAAACGUCACGAUGAACGAGAAUGGUUUAUUGUACGAAUGCCGUGGACAAUAUCCGGGUGUUGAAAACCUGUAUGAGACUCAGACGAUACUGCUUCGUGUUGGAGUGGACCAGCCACCAAUACAGUUGCAAUCGAAGACCCACAACUCGCUAUCGAUAGAAGUGAAAUAUCGUCUUGCCAAUAGAACAGUGCAGUAUCGUUUUGAAAUUCGUGCUGUAGGCACGCAAGAUUGGACAAGCUACAGGUUCAAUCAAAGUCAAAAUGAUAUUUACACCAUCAAAAAAUUAAAACCAUGGACGGAGUAUCAAGUCAAAGUCAUUCCUGAACACAAAGAAGCAAACGACAUCGGCAGAAUGAGUCGUACGAAGAAUUUUACAACAGCACAAGGCUUUCCCGACAAACCUCAAAAUCUUCAUUUGAGUGAUGUAAAACAGGAUAACGCAACCAUACAAUGGAGUAAGCCUUCAAGAGAUGAAGUUCGCGGUGUUAUCGAAGGAUAUUACAUGGAAGUGAUUGAUGACACUAAAAAUGUCAUAGAAAGAGAAAAGUUACCGAUUACAAAUGUUAGCAUGCAUACCAUAACAUUCCUUUUGCCUAACACAAGCUAUACUGUUCAUCUGGCGGUUCAAAAUCAAGAAAAACAAGGCCAGUUUGCAACUCUGACCUUCAUUACGACUUCACUCACUCCAGAAAAACACAAACCAACAGCUUCCAACCCAUUUAUUGACUUGAAUUUGUUAAAUCAGAGGAAGAUCACCCAUGAAAAUGUUGUGAGUGUCGCAAAAAAUGUGAAAAAUCUGACAUCCUUACCAGAUAAACUGAACCCCACCAACAUAUCGACUGCAGCAGAAAUUUUGGAGAAAAUCAUCAAAACCCAAGAGAAAAGUAUGGAGGUCGGAGAUAUUAUACUUGAAACGAUCAACAACCUGAUCGAUGUAAAAGAGAAAGCUCUACAGGAAAGCAAUUCCUCUACAAGAUUCAUAAAGAUACUUGAAGAUUUCAUUGCUAAUGGUGGCGAUUUCUCCAAGAAUACUUCCAACAUUCAGGUUAAAAUAAUAAAAAAUCUAAAUAUCAUGGACGGAAACUUGAAGCAAUUCUUUCCUAACGGCUCAAGCAUAGAGAUUCCACGUGAGGUAUUGGAGAAGGCGAAAAACAAGACAAUGUAUUUUAUUUACUAUAAGAACGGCAACUUAUUCAACGGUAAGCGUUACGUAAACGAGAUUUGUUCAAAUGGAUUCACGGAGAAUGUCUAUGAGCAAAGUACGGCUGUUAUAUCAAGUGGUAUUUCCGGACAAGAGUUACAGAAUUUAUCUGAAAAAGUCGUUUUCAAGUUUCAUGUCUCUGAUCCAAAGGCUGUUGCAAAGCCAUCGUCAUGUGUCUACUGGGAUUUUAAAGCGUCAGCUGGGAAAGGAAAUUGGUCAAACAAAGGCUGCAAGUUGAAGAGAAUUUAUGGCAAUACCAUUGAAUGCGUUUGUGAUCACAUGACAAAUUUUGCUGUGUUAAUGGAUGUUCACUCCGAUACUUCAAAGUCUUGUGGUGUCCAUGGCGACAUAUUGCAACUUCUCAGUUAUUUGGGCUGUGGUCUAUCAAUUCUUGGCCUCACUUUAACGAUAUUUACGUAUUCGUUUUUCAGGAGACUUCGUAAAGAACUGGCUGCAAAGAUUCUCAUUCAACUUUGUGUCGCUUUGUUAUGUGUCCUCGUCGUUUUCAUUGUUGGUAUUGAGCGGUCGCGUGUCGGUCGUUUUGGUUGCUUCAUUGUUGCCGGGUUGCUGCAUUACUUCAUUUUAUCAGCGUUUUUGUGGAUGUUAAUCGAAGCCCGUUUUAUGUAUUUGGCAUUUGUCAAAGUUUGGACACAACAUGGUGAACACGAGUUGCUGAAAUGCUCUUUUAUUGCUUGGGGUUCUCCUGCUAUUGUUGUUGGAAUAACUAUGGCCGUGGAUUUAAAUAGUUAUGGCAGCGGUCAUUAUUGUCUCGUCAAAGGUAUUCCAUUUUUUGCGUCCUUUUUUGCACCGGUCAUCUGCAUCAUUUUCCUCAAUCUGAUCGUGUUUGGCAUUAUAAUGCAAAAGCUUAGCUCGAGACCGGAAAGUUCUCUGGGUAGAGAUCGCAAUACUAUGAGACCACGUAUGAAGCAAGCUAUCGGUAUAUUGAUCUUGGUUGGUGUGACAUGGUCCUUCGGUGCUCUUUCCGUGAGCAGUGUUCGUCUUUUCUUUGCAUAUCUUUUUGUGUUCUUCAAUUCCAUUCAAGGAUUUUGUAUUUUUAUAUUCUACUGCUUGAGUCAAAAAAACGUUCGUGAUUGCUGGAAGGCUCUACUGACCUGCCAAUUGCAUAAGUUAUAUAAAGAUAAAUCCUUUCAUACGAAUACUUUUGAUAGACGCCGGAACUCUACCCUCAGUACUACUCAAAAUACUUUGAGUCUUGCUAGAAAGAAGACUACAUCGUCCUCAUCAAUGGCAUAUCCCAUCCAUUCUAUGGACACGCUCACUCGAAAUUUCACUUCGUUCAACUGUGUCAGCAGCAAUUCAUUGACUGGUAGUAAAGAUGGAAUGAAACCUAACAACCUUAAUAACUUCAAAGAGAAAGAUUGUAAUCUUCAUAACGGCAUGAACAAUAAGAGCAAUAUCUGGAAGCGUGUAUCCAACGCUGUUUUGGCAGAUGAAAGUGAAAAGAUGAAAUUUAGUAAUUCAAACCCAACAUUGACGCGGACAAACUCUUCUCAAACCCUAUGGUCCAAUGACAGUUAUGAGAACGACAACUCGUAUGACAUGGUUGCGUGCUCUGACGGGUCGCUUGUGAGCCUGCACUCUUUGGCGGAGAGUCAAGCAUCGGAUAAUUAUGGCUUUUACAGUUUAGUCGAUACAAAAGACAGUUGUAACAGUUCUAUGAACGGUGACUCCGCUCCUGGCACACCACGAACAGAAAGGCGACCUGAACCAAUUUCACUUGCUAAAAAUAAUCAUCUUAGUGUUCCAUCCCCAACCAAAAAACAUUACAUAUCUGCCUUGCCGCAGGAGUGUGAUCCAUCAUCAAUCCCAGACGACUUUGGAAAACUGAUUAUUAACCCUUCCCGUGGUUCAGUGCGAGGUGUACGAGGUGUUGUAGAGACGUCAGUGGACACAUACGCUGAAGAUUCGAACGUUCCAUUAACGCCGCAGGCAAGUCGAUUGGCUGAAGAUGUGAACAACGAGCAACAAAGCAAGUACGGUUCCAAUGAUUGCAUUGCAUCACCGAUGUAUUUUGCUCAGAAUGGCCGAACAAUAUCAAAAGAUCGGAGCUCAUCCGGGAAUGGAACAGUGAUUGGUGACGUGUGUUUGUAGGUGGAGCAAGUCAAACACGAAAUGUAAAAAAAUAUUAAACUUUCAUGGGAAUGAACCGUAAACGGUAUUUGCACUGCACCAUUUCUACUGGCGAUUAGAACACAAUCGAAUGUAGAGCGUUGACUACAGAGCUGAGUCAGACAAUACUAUGCAUGGCACGGUGAAUCUAUCCUACGUAGUCCUACAAGAUGUCAAUACAUCGCAAUUAAUGGAACUACAAAAGAUACUCAUUUAUUGCCGUUGGGUGUUUGGUAUUUAAUUGAUUUUUGUUUGGUGGUUAAAAAGUAAAAAUACUUAUAAGAUGAUAUACUUCGUAGUCCAUGACUGGGGAAAAGAUGGAUCAUGUACAUCAAUGAAGCAUUGUUUAUAUAUGAACGUGAGAAAGUAAAGAUUUAAAAUCUCAAUAAAAGAUUUUUGACAAAGAUUGUCACACAAAAUGUACAUUUCCAUCAUUUUCGCAGUCAGUCAUUUUAAAUGUUUUCAUGUCUUUAAAAUAAAUUUGAUGUUUUUCUGCUGGACAGAGAAAUUAUUAUUGAACUACUAUUCACAUACGUAGUUGAGUACUUUAAGCUAAGACGUGCUUAAGAUAAAGCUAUUAAAUUAAUCUAUUUUA